AUGGCGGAUUAUGCCCGUUUGCUCAGUGGACCGAAAGGGACGCCGGUGUGGUUUAUUGAUCGGCACCCCAUGAGGGUUUUCAAGUGGUCCCCGGAUUUUGAUGCGUAUUGUGAGUCCCCGAUCGCGGCAGUUUGGUGUAACAUCAUUGGCCUUCCAAUUCACCUUUUUGAUCACGCCGCCCUCUUUGCAAUCGGUAAAUUGCUUGGAAACCCGAUACAAGUGGAUCGCGCUACGGCCAGCAAGUCGAGACUUUCGUUUGCUCGCAUUUUCAUUGAAAUUGACAUCACGAAGCCACCCCCCGAGGAGUUCAUUCUAGAUAUUUGUGGACGUGAGACGGUGCUAAAAGUAAAUUGGGACAAGAUCCCGGCAUAUUGCAUGGAAUGUAGGCAUGUUGGACAUAAACGUGAGGUGUGUUAUGCGGCGGGUAAUGUUGAGCGUCCCCCGAAGAGGAACUACAAUAAUGUAACACCGAGACAGCCACACCAUGAGAGUCAAGGGGGAAGGGACAAAACGGAACAACCAAAGGAACUGGCUAGCACUAGCGAGUGGAAACAUCAAAAGAAAAACAAAGGGCUGAAGAGGCAGCCAAAGGCCGGAACCUCGGCUAUUGGUUCCGAGCCGAGGGUGUGGUCGGGCCCGGACAUCUUGGGCGAAGUGCAUGGUAAUUUUGACCUGGCUCCGGUGGCAAGCGUCCAUGAAAGUGGUGAGAGUUCCUUUGGCCGAGAUACCUUCGAUAAAUCCGUCGGAGUGCUUGCUAGUUCUAUCCACCGCGGAGCCGCUCACAAGCCCCAACCCGGAGAAGUUCUCAAAGGCUCUGGGGCUGGUGCUCACAAGCCCCAACCCAGCUUCGUGGCCGAGAGAGAUACGGAUCAGGUCCUAUCCGGCCGCUUUGGAUCUCCCCGCCUAGCUAGUCACUUGUGUAUCUCGGCUGUCUACGCAAAAUGUACGAGAACCGAACGGCUUCAUUUAUGGGAUGAAUUGAGGGAGUGCUCUAUACUCUUGGAGGGCACACCAUGGAUGAUCGGAGGGGACUUCAACACCAUUCUCCACCCGCGAGACAGAGUAGGAAGUGACACAAACCGCCAAGCUGAAAUGGUGGACUUUGCGGAGGCCAUUGAGGAUUGCAGGAUACUAGACCCGGGCUAUGAUGGGUCGGAGUUCACGUGGGCCAAGAAUGGCCUUUUUGAAAGAUUGGAUAGAAUCCUUGUGAACGAACGAUGGGUACAAAUUUUGGAAACUACUCGGGUGACGAACCUGCCCCGGAUUGCCUCAGACCACGGGCCUGUGUUGGUAAGAUGCAAAGUGACAAGCAAUAACAGCGGGGGUAGGCCAUUCAGGUUUCAAAACAUGUGGAUUAGACACGAGGGUUUUAAGGAUCUCGUUCGGGGAGAUUGGAUGCAACCGACGGAAUCCGGAGGCCUCCUCAAUUUCCAAAUCAAACUUGCACGGCUUAAGAGGACCCUAAAGGUAUGGAACAAGGAGACCUUUGGGAACAUCCAUCUCAACCUCAGGGAUAUGGAGGUGAAAAUCGCAAUGGCCCAAAGCGAUUUCGAAGAAAGGCCAACCCCGGAGAACAGAACAGAGAUCAAUAGAUGCAUCGCCGAGUACAUUCGACUCCUUAAAAUGGAGGAGGACUUCUGGCGUCAAAAGGCUACUCUAAGAUGGCUAGGGGAGGGCGACAAGAACACUAAAUUCUACCAAAGUUGGGUCAAGCAAAAAAGGAUCCGCACGCGCAUCCACAAGAUUAAUGUGGGUGGUCGGGAGAUCUCGGACGAAAUGGAGAUAAGAAUGGCUGCACUACCCGAGACACCAUCCGCAGAGGAAGUUAAAAAUGCUGUUUUUGAUAUUUACGGGGACAGUGCCCCAGGGCCGGAUGGCUUCACGGCCUUGUUCUACCAGGCUUGUUGGGCGACGGUUGGGCCGGACGUGGUGGCGGCUAUCGGCCAAUUCUUCGGGGGUGCCUACCUCCUACGUAGCGUCACGGCCACAAACAUUGUCCUCAUCCCAAAAAAGCUUGUGCCGGAAUCGUGGAGCGACUACCGCCCCAUUAGCCUGUGCAACGUCGUCAACAAGAUUAUCACAAAGAUAAUGUCGAAGAGAAUGACUUCGCUCAUCCCUAUGGAGAUGUUCCAUGAGCUCUCGAGAUGUGCGCCGGCCCCUAACGUCGCGGUUAAGAUCGAUAUGGCUAAGGCCUACGACCGAGUACAAUGGCCCUUCCUUUUGAAAGUGCUACAUCGGAUGGGUUUCUCGGCCUCGUGGGUCUCUUUGAUUGAGAGAUGUGUGGGCUCGUGUUGGUUCUCGGUGCUGGUCAAUGGCGCUCCCUCCGGGUUCUUUAAGUCCACCCGCGGCCUCAGACAGGGAGAUCCAAUAUCUCCGACACUUUUCGUAAUUGCGGCUGAGUACCUCUCGAGGAAAUUAGACAAGCUCAUUUUGGGAAAGAAAGAGAUGACUUUUAGAGCUACCCGCCGCUGCAUGGAAAUAAGCCACCUCGCCUACGCCGAUGACAUUGUGAUAUUCACACAAGCAGCGGAGGGACCUCUUAGGCGGCUGCGGACUUGCCUGGAGACAUAUGCCGGGGUUUCCGGGCAGCAGAUUAACUUGGUUAACAUGUUCAUCCACAACAACAUGACCAAUGGUCACAUUAAGCCGAAGCAUUGGAAGGGAGUGAAACUCGGAAUAAGCCCUCCGAAUCACCCCGAGACAAGGGGGCCGAGACCGUUAGUUAUGCCGGUUAAAUGGCACCCCCCGGAACGCACAUGGAUCAAGCUUAACACGGAUGGGGCGUUCUUUGAGGCAACAAACAAGGGUGGCGGAGGGGGUCUUGUUCGGGACCACAAUGGGAAAUUACUUGCAGCAUUUGCAACCCCCCUCGUCGUUCAAUCGGCUCUUGAGGCCGAGCUCAUGGCCAUACACUAUGGUUUGGAGGUAGCGAAGGCGUUCAACCUACCCAUAUGGAUUGAAUCAAAUGCAGAACAAGCUAUUAAGUUGCUCAAUGGCACGAAUUGGGGCCCGGCACAGGUUCGCCGCGUCAUGGCCCUUUUGCAUGGCUUCAAACGUGGACAUCUUUUCCGGGCCACUUUCAUUCAUAGGGAGGGCAACAAAGCGGCUGAUUCGCUCGCCAAAAUGGGAGUGGAACAAGAUAAUUUCCAACAAAUGUCCCCACAAAAUGUUCCAAGAAGGAUUAGAGCCAUCAUCCGGAUGGACGAAAUGGGAGUCCCCAAUCUUCGGGUGAGAGAUGAUGAACGAGAGUAG